GACAGUGGGGGUGACCCUGGGACAGUGGGGGUGACUCUGGGGACAGUGGGGGUGACCCUCCCAUGGCUGGGGUGGCCCUGGAUGGGAUUUAAAGUUUCUCCCAACCCAUUCCACGCUAUCCUGGGUGCCCCCCAAUGCCCCACACCCCAUGGCUGACCCCACCUGCCCCAUCCUGUCCAGCCCCGUGCCUCGGGCAGCCGUCCCGGCCCCGCUGACCCAUCAUGUGUCCCCUGGCCCCCGGCCGAGGGACACCCAAGGGCACGUCCCGGGCUGUGGCGGUCACACGUUCCUGCUGCUUGAACAGCUUCCAGGAGCUGCGGCGGGAGGGACCUCACGCUCAGCCCCUUCCCCCAGCCUCCCUCCCAGCCCGGCCCUUUGUGCUUCCUGCUCUGGGGCCACCGAAGGGGUUCGUGCCCCGGGAGCCCCCCGGUGCCUCCCGCGGUGCCCCCCGGGCUGGCUGUGGGGCACAGAGCGGCAGGAGCAGCCUGGCCUGGGAAGUUUUGAGCUCCCCAGGGACCCGCGUUCCUGGGAUGAGCCCUUGGGGAGGCACCGAGCAGCCGGGAUUGCUCCAUCCCUGCGGCGCUGCCUGCUUGGGAGGGCAGAACAGGAACUGUGCUGCCCCUCUCCCCCCGGACAUCUCCCAGCACCCAACCGCGGCUCCUCUGAACGAGCUGCCACUCGCCAGCCCGGCUGUUGCACAACCUUCCCGGCAGCUCCGUCCUGCUCGGGGGGGCCCAGCCCCAAAACGGACUCUGGUGGGGCCGCCUGGACGGGACCGGGCUUGGGCAGCAGCCCCGGCGGGCAAGGAGGUGUUCCCCUCCCGCAGACAGCCAGGACGGAGCUGCCGGAGCCACCCCCGGAGCCCACAGAGCUUCCCGGGGGUGCCACGGGCUCGGGGGGCUCACCUUGACG